AUGUGCUUGGACGAGGCGAAAUUUACGAAGCGAAGUCCAUUGUCGUUCGUCAGCUGGUGGGCGCUGAACGAAAACGAGAACAAUGAGGUCCUUUAUCUGUUUCGCGGCCUACUCUUGGUGUGGAUGCUUCACGUUACGUUCGUUGUUAGUGUGGGCACGAAUAAAACAAUAUCACGCAUUCCUGUUGGCGAAAAUGUUACAGUCACCAAUAUAACGGAUGCAAAGGAAACGGCUACAGAUGUAACUGGUGGAAAUGUAACUGCAGCUAAUGAAGCCGCAAGCGAUGUACCUGUUGGGAAUGCAACAGGUGUAAAGGAUGGCAUUUUAAAGCGAUUUAAUCGUCAGCUAGCUAACAACUAUAAGAAGUUCAGUUCCUCCCGAUCAGGCAUAUCUAGAACUGUACGAGUUGGUGGUGCAAGUGGUUCCAUUUCGACUUCGGGAUCCUCCGCUUCCGGGAAAAGCUUCAGUUCUUAUGGAUCAGGCACAUCUAGAACUUUACAAGUUGGUGGUGCAAGUGGUUCCAUUACGACUUCGGGAUCCUCCGCUUCCGGGAAAAGCUUCAGUUCUUAUGGAUCAGGCACAUCUAGAACUUUACAAGUUGGUGGUGCAAGUGGUUCCAUUUCGACUUCGGGAUCCUCCGCUUCCGGGAAAAGCUUCAGUUCUUAUGGAUCAGGCACAUCUAGAACUUUACAAGUUGGUGGUGCAAGUGGUUCCAUUACGACUUCGGGAUCCUCCGCUUCCGAGAAAAGCUUCAGUUCUUAUGGAUCAGGCACAUCUAGAACUUUACGAGUUGGUGGUGCAAGUGGUUCCAUUUCGACUUCGGGAUCCUCCGCUUCCGGGAAAAGCUUCAGUUCUUAUGGAUCAGGCACAUCUAGAACUUUACAAGUUGGUGGUGCAAGUGGUUCCAUUACGACUUCGGGAUCCUCCGCUUCCGAGAAAAGCUUCAGUUCUUAUGGAUCAGGCACAUCUAGAACUUUACGAGUUGGUGGUGCAAGUGGUUCCAUUUCGACUUCGGGAUCCUCCGCUUCCGGGAAAAGCUUCAGUUCUUAUGGAUUAGGUACUUCUAGCAUUUUACCAAUCGGUGGCGCAAUCCAGAAUGUCUCACCAGUAGGUGGUAGCAUUUCAACUUCGGGACGCUCCGUUAUUUGUCCCGCUGGAAGCAUAUAUCGUAAUGGGCAGUGCUUGCAGCAAUUAAGCUACUGUGAAUCAGGCUAUAAUCUGGUCGGAAACACCUGUGUAGGUCAGGUUGUUUGCCAGCAAGGUUACCACCUUGUAAGUGGACAAUGUCAGCUACAAGCCCCUUGUGCUACACAAAUUUGUGGAUCAGUUCCAGUAGUACAGGUCCAAGCUCCACCUCCACCAAUUGUAACAUGUACUUGUGAGGUAGGUUAUGUACAAGUAGGCAACCAGUGUAUGAAGCAUGAAUCGAAGGCGGCCGAAACACGCACUCAAGAGAGUAGCCACGUAGAACCAUUUAACUGUCCGGCAGGGUAUGAUCUCAAUUAUGAGGAUUGCGUACAGUACAACAGCCAAGAAGCGCGCUGCGAGCGAGGCAUGCGGAGGGACGAUGUUUGUGUGGUAUCAGCUGAGUGUAGCUAUCCAUUCGUGAGCGAUGAGUAUGGAGAGUGUACCAGGAAUACGGUCGCCCAAGCAAAUUGUCCAUCGGGAACUAGGCUUAUGGGAGGCGUAUGUCUUUACAACACACCCGAGUGUCCAACGGGCUACCAGAAGGAAGCAGGCAUAUGUAUUCAACGUGAGCAAGUCCCGGUCACCUGUAAGACGGGAUCCUUUUCCGAAGGUACGUGCGUCGUGGGAAGCCCGGAGUGUCCACCAGCGUACCAAACUUCCGGCGGACAAUGUAUACUGGAGCACCGUACUGUGCCACGUUGUCCACCAGGGUCGAGACCCCAAGGCGGUGUGUGCGUUGUAGAGGUAAGCUGUCCGCCCGGCUUCACCGAACGCGGAGGCGGUGUUUGUGUGAAUCAAGAGCGAAGACCUGCCAUCUGCCCGAAUGGAGCUCGUCUGGUUGGCGAUGUGUGCGAAUUAGAGCGCCAGAUUUGUCCGCGUGACUUCAAGCUCGAGUACAUGCAGUGUGUCCGGUACAGCCAAAAACCCGCAACUUGUCCUCGUGAGAUGCGCUUGCUGGGUAGCGAGUGUAUUGCAUCAUCAGUGAACUGUGAGGCAGGAUUCACGCUAAGGAAUGGUGAGUGCGUACGGGAACUGGUUGGUCGACGCACCUGUCCACCCGGAAGUACUCUACGCAACGAACAGUGCGUUAUAGGUGAACCGAGAUGCGAUUCUGGCUUCGUACUACGUGACGGUAUUUGUGUACACCAGAGCCGAGAGCAACCGCGCUGUGCAUCUGGAGCUCAGUUCCGCAAUGGCAAGUGUGUCAUGCGUGUAGAAGAUUGUCCACCGGGAGCGGUACGGCGCGGUGGAGAAUGUGUACGGGAAGAGCAGAUCACACCAACGUGUGGAGUUGGCUUUUCGUACGUCCGAGGUCGCUGUCUGGCGGAACCACAGUGCGAGUAUGGUUACAGCUACAAAAAAUCCGAUUCCGUAUGUGUAAGCACCACCAAGACGGCGAUGUCCUGUCCGAGUGGUUCAGUACUAGAGGGCGAACGGUGUGUUUCACGUGACAUGAUCUGCAUGGAGGGCUAUACGCUGCAGGGUAACCAGUGUGUCAUGCAGAUGACUACGACCCCAGUUUGCCCUUCAGGUUCUACAAUGCGAGGGGACCGGUGUCAAACGAGCAUUGUACCUCAAUGUCGUGCCGGAAGUAUUGCCAUGAAUGGUGGAUGUGAAAUUCAGGAAACGUCCUAUCCGUUCUGUCCAGCUGGUUACAGUUACUAUGGUGGACAGUGUCACGGUACAGUGAGUGCUGCGGCACCUGCACCGGUACCUGCACCAAGUCCCUGCAUGUAUGGUGGCUGUCCAAAUCCUUGCACAACCGGUAUUUGCGGUGUUCCUUGUGCAACAGGAUGUGCCACACAAACACUUCAGACGAUUCAGUCGACGCAGGCAGCUUCCUGUCCUGCAGGAUUCAACAUGAACAACGGUGUAUGUACUCGGCGUUCCGUAACACAGAUGGAGUGUCCGUACGGAUAUUCAAUGGAUUCCGGUCAGUGUAUCGGUUACCAUGCGAUGACUUGUACUGCCGGUAGUGUACUGCAAGGUGAUCGAUGCGUGCGGCUGCAGACACAGUCUGCCUCCUGUCGGGAAGGUUUCCAACAGUUCGGGGACCUUUGUGUCUACAUGCGACCAAACUGCCCAUUAGGCUAUCGUAAUGAGGAUGGAACAUGUGUGACCGUGAAUGAAAGGGCCGCCACCUGUGCGAUUGGAAGCACCAGGCAACAAAAUAACUGUGCAGCCACACCAACCUGCCCGCCUGGCUACUACCUGCACAAGGAUAUAUGUCAACGGGAAGAGCGUACGGUUAUUCAUUGUCCUAGUGAAUUUGUGCUGAUCGAUGGAGAGUGUAUCGCACAAACAAGCUGUUCAGCCGGAUUCCAGCUGGAGGGUAACAUAUGCGUGCGCGUGGAACAACGUACUGUAUCGUGUCCAUCAUCGUCACGGCUUAUAGGUGAUUUGUGCGUGGUUAGCAGUCCUGCCUGUGAGCACGGUUACGAUUACAUCGGAGGUCGCUGCGUUAAAACGGAAUACCGAUGUCCGAUAUGUCCGUCAGAUACUCGCCUACGUGAUAAUCUCUGCAUAUUAGCCAGACCACCACAGUGCGAAUAUGGUUAUACAUUCUCAGGAGGCCAGUGCACAAAGUUGGAACGGCAACCGGCCACCUGUUCGUCCGAUUUCCAAGUGCAAGGUGAUCGGUGCAUUUCGCAAAGGUUGAUCUGCCCGGCCGGCUUUACGCAGAACGGAAGGGAAUGUGAGCGUGAAGUCCGCCGUACGAUGUCCUGUGCAUAUGGAAGUACUCUACGCGGUAAUCUCUGCAUCGGCGAAGGUCCAUCUUGCGAACCUGGCUCCAGAAUGGUUGGCGAGGAAUGCGUCCUUGUUAGCUACAAACCACCAGAGUGUCCUCCUGGUACAGUCUUAACCGGUGGGUGCUGCGUGAGUAGUGCAACUUGUGCUCCAGGCUACCAGCUUCGCGGCAACCUUUGCGAAACGCAGCGUGUCGCUCAGCUAACGUGCGCUCUAGGAUUAUUGCAAAAUGGAAAUUGUGUCGCACCGGGACCGAACUGCCCUCCAGAGUACGAGAUGCGUCUUGAUGGGUGCGUACGGCGCGAAACUACGCAACCGAGCUGUCCAGUAGGUGGAUAUCUGCAGAACAAUUUCUGUGUGAUUGGUCGACCAAAAUGCACGAAUGAUUUCCGGUACGAGAACGGUCGCUGUACGAGUAUGACGAAGAUACGGGCUCAAUGCCGAGGUGAUGCCGUACUGAGAGAUGGUAUGUGCGUGACCAAGACGACCACCUCUAGCGCCUAUUGCUCACAAGGGUAUACGCUUCAAGAAGGCUUGUGCGUGCGUACCAUCUACGCGCAACCAACAUGCACAACCAGUUCUUCAGCACCAUUUUCAAGCAGCAACAGCGUGUAUAGCAGUAACAUAGUGGCAAGUGCACCAACGGUCGUAGCUGAGACGACUCAACCCCUUCCAUUAUAUACUAAAGUAGAUAAUUUGGAUGACUAUAUUACUGAAGAAAAACUGGUCGACGAUUAUGAGGAGUAUUCCACCUCCAGCUCCAAGAAAGCCACGGAAUACGACGCUUUGUCCUACGACGAAUUACCCUAUGACAUGAAGAUAUCCAAUGUGACGGUCGGAACAUCACAGUCAAAUGCUAUGGAAGCAACACGAGAGAAGCGUUGCACCGUGAACGGACCUCGCGUGUGUAUGAACGAUGGUGCAAGUUGGACAUACAAGCAGAAUCAGUACCGCAACAGACAGCAAUUCAAACAAGCAGUCAUCCAAUUGAUUGUAGAUCAGCACAUGGUCUAUAAUGUCACAUUUAUUGCAAUGGCUCCACGAGUACCAGAAGAAGAAACAUUAGACGGCGACGAUGAUGAUGAUGAUGAAGAUGCUGAGGAAGAGGAGGAAGGUACGAUCAGCUACUCCUGCUCGAAAAUAUGUUUCACUUACGAAGAGUGCAGCCACUGUACCACUUUUAAGCUUGAGAGCUUCUGCAAGAUAGCAAAAUCAUUUGAGCUAUGUGCAUAUUUAAAGAUCGAAGCAUAG